CACAGUGGCGUGCGGAAUAUCCAAGGAUAUAAAUAGCCAUAUAUUGGGACAUAAAGUUGAACAAUCACAGAGCUGCAGCUAACUGCUAUCGAGAGCUACACACAAGAGUAAGACCAAAGCAAAAAUACAUUAUACAAUAUAUUAUCGAUCCACAUCAAUUUUUGAAGAAGAUGGUUAGAGCUCCUUGUUGUGAAAAGAUGGGAUUGAAGAAGGGUCCUUGGACCCCAGAGGAAGAUCAAAUCCUCAUGUCAUACAUCCAAAAACAUGGCCAUGGAAAUUGGCGUGCCCUCCCAAAGCUUGCAGGGUUAUUAAGGUGUGGCAAGAGCUGCAGGCUAAGGUGGAUUAACUAUUUAAGGCCAGAUAUCAAGAGAGGAAAUUUUUCAAGCGAAGAAGAGGAAAUUAUCAUUAAGAUGCAUGAGUUGCUGGGGAACAGGUGGUCAGCAAUUGCAGCAAAAUUACCAGGAAGAACUGACAAUGAAAUAAAAAAUGUGUGGCACACCCACUUGAAGAAGAGGCUACUGAAUUCAGAAAUCCAAAAAAGGGUUUCCAAGCCAAGAAUCAAACGAUCUGAUUCCAAUUCCAGCACACUAACUCAAUUAGAACCUACAUCAUCAGCAUGCACUACUUCUUUAAGUGACUUUUCAUCAUUUAGUGAAGGGACUAAAAACAUGGACAACAUGAUCAAGAGUGAAGACAUAGAGUCUGUGGAGACAAUAAUGCCUCCAAUUGAUGAAAGCUUUUGGUCAGAGGCAACAGUGGAUUAUGAAAGCUCCACCAUGAUGACAUCAAAUUCUUGGACAAUUUCAAAUGAAUUAGCACCCCCUCAAUACCAAUUUAAUUCAGUGGAAAGCUUCCAACAACGAAGUGUUGAUUAUAAUGGUUCAAACUAUGAUGAUGGCAUGGAUUUCUGGUAUGACAUAUUCAUCAAAUCAGGGGAGUCAAUCGAAUUGCCAGAGUUCUGAAAUUUUCAGACACAUUGAGGGUAUCAUUGAAUUCGGCAGAUAGAAAACAUUUUUUAAAAUAAUAAUAAUAAUCAUAUAUGUUACAAAAUUGAAUUUGACGGUUACAAGGAAUUAAGGAGAACAUUAAGAGCUAGGGUCAUUCAUUGAUAAAAGAAACUAGCAACAUUUGUAAAGGGUAAAAAUGAUUAUGUUAUGAUAUCAUCAAAAUAUGCCAGCUAAUCUGAGGGACCAAAAGGGAAAUACUGACUUUGUUUUAUGUAUAUUGUGCAAUACUUCAUUCAUGUUCGUUUAACAUUUUUUUUUUGUUAAAAAAAUGAUUCAUUAGGUUAGAGUUGUUCAAAUUGUAAUAGCAAUAAAUUAAUUAUGUAAUUUGCUUCAAAAAAAAUUAAUUAUGUAAUGAAGUAUUCAAUUUUUUUCCA